AUGCGCACGCGCCUUCCACUGGCCGUCCCACCAACUCUUAGGGAGUUCACAAAGGAAAAUAGGCAAGGGAGUGGGGGAGGGGAAACGACGCUGAGCGCAUGCGCCCCUCUCCCUUUUUUUCCUUUUCCCUCGGGUUUCGCUGGCUUUGGCGUCCUGGCUCCUCCGGUUUGGGCCCGGCUCCUGGUGUGGGGGGCCACUGUGCUUCUCCGCUACGCCGCAGCCAACCACUCGGGCAGAAAUACCAAUUGUUCUGAAAUUAUCCUGUUACAAGAAAUUAUGAAAGAUGGCUUUCACAGGGACUUGCUAAUAAAAGUGAAACUUGGUACAAGCAUUGAAAAUUCACGGACUUGCAAUGUUUUGAUUAAACAUCACCUCCCGACUGGAUUAUAUGUGGAUCCAUAUGAACUGGCUUCAUUACAAGAACACAAUGUGACAGAGGCAAUGAUAAUUCAAAAUACUGUUGACUUAGAAGCUCCUGAGUAUUUGUCCAAAGAAUUUGAUGUCUUUGUUUAUGCCAAGUCAGAUUCUCAGUGCUCUGAGUGUUUCAAAACAGUUUUGCCUGUUCAUUGCCGGUAUCACCAGCCUGAGGAAAAAGAACAAAGAGUCUUUGUGGUGGUGAAGAACCCAGAAUUAUUUGUCCGUUGCUACAAUGAUUUUCCUUCUCUGAACUGCUGGAAACAGUCUGACAUGGAAGCUCCUUGUUCUAUGAAGAAUAAACAUGUCUGUCAAUGGAGCAGUGUGAAAUAUAAAUCGGUAAAUCAGAAUGUGAUACUGCAGGUUCCAGUGGGGCGAAGAGUACAUCAUUUCCUUGUAUGUGUUGUGACAAUGCUUGUUACAAUCUUAUGUUCUGGCCUUGUCUUUAGAGCCGUCUUAAAACAUGGUCAUUUUUCCUUAUGAGAAUGUAAUGUCAUGAAAUGUUUAUGGUAGGCCUACUGAAGGCUUAUUGAUUUGUGGUAUUCUAGAAUUAUGACAUUCUUUUUAAUUGAUAGCAACACAUUUUAAUUUUAGUAAGACAAUUUAAUAAAAAUACAAAAUGGCAUUUUGUAGAUAAUUUCACCUAUUUCUGACUUAAUACAUGAAUUUAAUGCUGAAUUUGUGCUUGCUAAAUUCUAUAGUGCCAUUAUAAACAAUUUAAUUCUGUUAAAUGGAUAAAUUAUUUUGCAUAGAACAGGGUCAGCUACAAGAUUAUAAGCCCUUUAAGGGUAAAGAAUCAUGCCUUAUUUAUUUUUGCUAUCCUUCACACAGCUUAAUGCAGCUCUUCACACUUUGUGUAAUAUGUGUUAAUUGAAUUGGGAGAGAAAAAUGAGUACUCCAUGCAGAUAUGGAUUUCUUAUACAUUUUGUCUUUGGUGACUAACAGAUGUUUUAAAAAUCAAGCACAGCAUUACAGUUGAGGAACCACAAUAUUUUUAAUCAGCCAUUAUAAUAAGACAUAGUUGUUUAGAAAAACAAUAAAGCCUUUUAUCCAGAGGCUUAAGGAGUAAUAAAAUUAACAUGAGGGAUUAUUAUUACUAGUAGUAAAAUUUACUUCAAUGGUAUUUUAUCUCUUAUACUGCCUGUGGGUUUCUUGGGAAAGGAGAAUAGUAAGAUAAUUAAUAAUCAUCUUUAAGGUAAGGGAGUUGUGAAGAACACAGCUCAAUUUCCUCCUUAAAGAAGCUUUAAAAAAAAUUAGUGCUUUUUAUGAAGUCUUAUGUGUUUCAUAAGAAAAUAACUUACAGAUUGUGAUUUUUAAAAACAGAACCCUGGUCAUUACUGUGUGGUUCAAAAAAUAUGAAAUAAAAAUAGCAGCAGGUAAACUUCAAAAUAACACUGUAAAGUAAAUGAGUUGCUAACAAAUCAGGAUGUAUUAUUUUAAAAAUAUAUACAUUUUGCUACAUAUAAACACUAAAAUUUUUGAGUUCCAAAUUCUCUCCUGCUGCCCCUCCUCACCUCUUGAGAAGGGAAAACAAUAUGAUGUGGAUUAUACAUGUGAAGUCAUACAAGAACAUAUUUCUAUGUUGGCUGUAUUGCAAAAGAAGACACAAAAAACUCAAGCAAAAUAAAGA